AAAACCGAAAAUGACCAAAAGUCCAAAACUAAGAUAGGGAGAAGCAUCAGCUGAUAGACAUAGUCAUCACCAGUCAACAAUGGAGGCAGAGGGCAGUUCCCAAGCCUCUGCGGCGGCAUCAGAGUCCCAAGCCACCAGCGAACGCAUCAAGCUCAACGUCGGCGGCAAGCUCUUCGAGACAACCCUCUCGACCAUCCGGUCCGCCGGUCCAGACUCCCUCCUCUUCGUCCUCUCGAACCGCCCCGCCAACGACCCCAACCCCGGCACUCUCCGUACUCACCUCGACGAGAUCGACUCCAUCUGCCGCGUAUGGACGGAGAUCGCUGCCGUCGGAUCGGAAUCCGAUGCCGGACUUCAUUUCUACGACUUCUCAAGCAGCCGCCACGUUGGAUCCGUACACUGGACCGAUCCUUCAGAUCCUCGCAUAUUCAAGGCUCGCGUUAACGCCAUAACCGCCUCGGAAACCUCCGUGUUCGCCUCGUUCGAUUGUCCUCACCGCGAGAACAUUGUUCUCGAGAUCGACAAAGAGAGGAUCCAGAUUGUAUCGCAGUUAGGGCGCCAAUCGGGGAACCAGGCAAAGCACAUGGUUCCGUCGAAGCUGACGUUUGUUCCGGCAACCGGAGUUCUCGUCGGAACCGCCAUCACGAGCGGCGCGUUCGGCUACUCCGGUUACAUACGGAUUUGGGACCCCAGGUCCGGAGACGUGGUUUGGGAGACAAACGAGCCUGGUGCGGGUCGGAGUAGCAGGUUCGGAGACUCAUUUGCUGACGUGGAUGUUGACGCGGAAGGGUUAUCGAUUUUCAAGCUGUGUUCUAAGUCUGGGGAUUUGGGUAUGGCUGACAUGAGGCGUUUGGGGGAUGAUCCUUGGGUUUAUUUGGAGGAGAAGAACCCUAGCAUGGUAAAUUAUGGUGGUGAAGUGAAUAAUUUGUUGAUGCAUUGUUGUUGGGGGCAAGUGUUUGUUGGAAGAGGUGGAAGCUUGGAGGUUUGGUCAAGGGUUCAAGCCCAUGGUGGCAGCAUCGAAGGUGAGAGCGGGCGUGAAGGGUUGUUUCGGAGGAACUUCGUGGAUAAGAGGGGUGAUUCAGAGAGAGGGGAUAUAAAGAAGAUUGAAGGUGGUGGGGAUAGGUUGUUUGUUAGUAGGGAAGGUGUUGAAGGUAUUGAAGUGUGGGAGAGUUCUCAUACUUCUGGAGCUGUUCCUGUUUCAUGACCCCUCCCCAUGGAUUAGGGGCCUUUCUUUCUCAACAUUUUAGGUAGGGGUUUCUUGUUUUGUAAGAUUCAUAUAUUUUUUUCUUUCUGAUGAUUCAAUGAGAAACUGUUUAGUUAGUUAUAGCGCUGAUAUUUUCAGCUGUAUACACUUGAAUAAUUUAUAAUAAGAUGCAAUUUCCCUUA